AUGGCCAUCCCGGCCCCCUUUCAGAGCUUGCACAGGCGACGCACAACUAAGAGUUCGGCCGGGUCUUUCGACGCAAACUCGACCAUAUGGGAAGAUGACAGCUACUGGUACAAACUAGACCUCCGCAGGAAUACCAGAGCCCGCUCUAUUUUUGCAGGGCUUGCCUCCCUUCUUUAUCUUCUCUCCUGGAUAUUUCUCAUGCUAGUCGAGCUCGGGCAAACAAAAAAGGGCAAGGUGCUCGGUGAGAUUUAUUUCUUCAGGCUAUCUCUUGCCGACAUUAUUCCUACCUCCAUCGAGAACGCUCAGCUCAUCAACUCCAUCGCGCGUGGCAUCGGCCUCCAUGACUUCUACCAACCCGGCCUGUGGAACUUCUGUGAGGGUUUCAACGAUGAAGGCAUCACGAGCUGCUCCAGCCCCAAGAGCUACUUCUGGUUCAACCCAGUUGAUAUCAUCUUGAACGAGCUUCUCUCCGGGGCCACCAUUGCGUUGCCCGCAGAGAUCACCCAGAUCCUUGGCAUCCUCAAGAUAUGCUCCAACAUCAUGUUCGCCUUUUUCCUCGCUGGCACAAUCAUCUCCUUCCUGAUGGUCUUCCUGUCACCGAUGGCAAUCUUCUCACGGUGGUGGGCCCUGCCCAUGUCCAUCGUCUCGUUUCUGACCUUCCUGAUCAUUCUGGUCGGAAGUGUCAUCGCUUCGGUCAUCAGCUUCGUCUUCAAAUAUGCCGCCACCGCGCAGACGUCCCUCAACAUCAACGCACGAGACCUCAAGAGUGGCAGGAAGCCAAUGCGGCACUCGAGUAUGAAGAGGGCGCAGUCAAAGCGAUCUCAGAUGUCGCAGGUAACCCAUUCUCGAGACACCUCGGCGGCUAGUCAGCAGCCUCAAGGGAGGAGCAGGAGCAACACCGCCUUCUCAUUCGACCAACAGCCCGCGGGCCACAGCAGGAGUGGGACGGUGCUCUCAACACACGACGAGAACGGAGUUAGCCGGUCGAAUUCCUUGAACGCGAGCAACGCCGGCGAUGUCAGCCGGUCCAAUACCCUCCGCGGUAACAACGGACAGGUCAACCGGUCCAACACUGUAGGCUCCAUCACCAAGUCACAGCAGCCGGGAAGGAGCAGGACCAAUACACUGCGGUCCAUUAGGUUCCAAGAUGAACGACCGCCCUCGUACGAGUCCGAUAAGACUGCCGUCAAUGAGAAGCAAGGAGGAACAACCACACCGCACCAACGGGGCACGAGUUCCUAG